AUGGAAUUACUAUUGUUGCACGCAUAUUUCGAUCCUGCAGGAUUCGCAGCAUUGACGGAAAUUGAAAGACGUUCAGUCGAGCAGACAAUAAAGAAAAGCGUAGCUGAUCAAGCAUCUCAUUCUUCGAUUUCUGUAGCAAAUACGUUAUCAAGUACUACAACAACUGCGAAUUCUGCAAGCAAGCCAAAUGCCAAUAGAAAUGUUAAAAGAAAUGCCAUGGAUUUAUUUAACGAAUCUGUUGGCGAUAUUCAAUAUGAAGAUAAUCGAGAAAAUGAAAGUAAACGAGCAGCUAUUAUAAAUGAAUUUUAUCAUUAUCGAAAGUAUGUUAUCGAAUUCAAUGAAAGUCAUAAACCAGAUGCAGGAUCAGCGAUAGUUUUUUGGCGAACAUAUGAUGAAACAUUUUCGAUUUUAAAAGGAAUUGCGAAAAAAAUGUUAAGCACACCAGCAACUUCUGUACCUAGUGAGGGUUGCUUCAGCACGUCAUCAGCUUUAGCAAGGAAAGAACGUGCCCGUUUAUCGGGCAAACAUCUUUGUUCUAGUGUGUUUUUGAAAGACAAAAUAAAGUUGUGGAAGUUACUUAAUUUUUCCCUCUUUUUAAUGUAUUUUAUUCUUUUGUUUUGUUAUUAUUGA